UUUUCUAAUUUGUUGCACAACCCUUUACGUGUCAAACCUCUGUAAAUCAAUCUUUCAACCCUUCUUUUUCGUUCCUCUCUCAAGCAUCAUGUAAUUAUCCAUGUUUCCAUCACAAUGUGGAUAUGUCUCCCCUUCUUCCUUGAAUGGCUAAUCAUCAUUCCUCUUUCUGUCAAUGCUUUACCAGAACCUAAAGGUUUCUUGAUAAACUGCGGCUCAACAACCGAAGUCGUCGAAGAAAAUGGCCUCAAAUAUGUUCCUGACCAUGACUAUGUUUCUGUUGGGAACAUUACAACCAUAAAAGAACCUGGGGUGUCGCCUAGAUUGACCUCUCUAAGGUAUUUCCCGGAUACUGUUGUUAGAAAGUUUUGCUACACUUUUCCUGCAAACAAGGGAGAGAAAUUUCUAGUGAGGGCCACAUACUACUAUGGAGGAUUUGAUGGAGGAAAGGAGCCCCCUGUUUUUGAUCAGAUCAUUGAUGGAACUUUGUGGGGUAUUGUUAACACAACAGAGGAUUAUGCUAAUCGUCUUAGCUCGUACUAUGAGAUCGUUGUCAUGGCUCAGUCGCGGUCAAUAAGUGUGUGCUUAGCAAGAAAUGGACAUACUGUUUCAAGCCCUUUUAUCUCAGCUCUUGAGGUCCUGGUUCUUGAUAACUCCCUUUACAAUGCCACUGAUUUUAAUAAAUAUGCAUUAUCAACGAUUGCUCGGACUUCCUUUGGAUAUGGUCCAGAUAUGAUUAGUUAUCCAGACGAUCCAUUUAAUCGCUAUUGGCAACCUUUUUUGGAUAAAAAUGUUGUUGAGAAUAGUCACUCAAAUGUGACUCCUUCAACAUUUUGGAAUAGUCCACCUGCAAAGGCAUUUCAAUCAGCACUCACGUCAAGCCGUGGGAAUAAUCUCACAGUCAGAUGGACAGAGUAUGACUUGCCUAGCAGUCAUUACUAUGUUGCACUUUACUUCCAAGAUACCAGAACCGUGGAUCCAGAUCACUGGAGAAUUUUCAAUGUCAGUUUAAACAAUGAAACAUUUUAUAAUGACCUCAAUGUCAGUACUAGAGGUGUAACUGUUUAUGGCACAGAAAGGCCUCUCCAUGGGAAGAUAGAGAUCUCCAUGACUCCAAGAAGCGACAUGUUUGUUGGCCCUGUGAUCAAUGCUGGGGAAAUCUUACGAUUUUUGCCUAUAAACAGAAGGACUCUUGCUAGAGAUGCAAUGGUGAUGGAAGAGCUAGUGAAAAGCCUGAAGAACUUACCUCGGGAUUGGAUUGGAGAUCCUUGCCUGCCUAAGGCACAAUCGUGGACUGGAGUUACUUGCACAGGAGGAGACCAAGUUCAAAUUGUAACCUUAAAUUUAACAGGCUUAGGGGUCUCCGGGUCACUGCCCAACGAUAUAGCCAAAUUAUCUGCCGUUUCCAGCAUGUGGUUUCCAGAUAAUCAAAUUUCAGGUCCAAUUCCAGAAAUGACCACAAUGAAUUCCCUGGAAUCGCUGCAUUUGGAGAACAACCAAUUGGAAGGAUCAAUUCCUCAAUCCCUGGGCCAACUUCCUAAACUAACUGAACUAUUUCUCCAGAACAAUCAACUCACAGGAGGCAUUCCAAGUAGCCUAACAAAGCGAAAUAAUCUAAAUAUGCAGGUCUCUGGGAAUAGACUGUCACCUGAGGCUAUGUAAUGCCUUUGAAUGUGGAGAUGAAAAUUACUUAACAAGAUGCAAGUACAAGGAGAGCAAGAGGGCUAGACACUAUUUACUCGAUUCCUAUUUUCAUCUAGACUUGUAACAGUUGAAAGGUGUAAAAGAGUGCAUAAUCAUGUUGUAACUUGUAAAUUAGUCGUCGUUAUAUGUUCAUUAAUUUGUUGUUAUAAUUUAAUCUAUUU